GUGCAAAGCAGGAAUCGUUUGACCACUGCCGCAAGGUUUUUUGAGAUUUUGUGUUUAAAGUUGCUGUGUGUGAGAUAAUUGGUUCGCGCAGAAGAAGAAAUAGCGAAGAAAUAUUGAAACGACGAAACAUAACAACAAAAAGUGAAGAAAAAAGAAAAGUCAUAACCAAACCAGUGUCAUAAAAGUGGUUAACAAAAAAAGAGCAGAAAUAAAAUGUGAUCAAUCGAAUCGUUGUGGUGUAACGAAAGUAAGAGAUAGAAAGAAAUAAAAUAUAGUGAGGAGAGUAAAAUAAAAAAGCGAAGAAGUAAAAGUAAUAAAACCAUUCGAUGGAGAAAAAUGUUGUAGCGGCCGAUCAUCGCCUUUUGCGUAACCGUCACCAAAAAAAAGUGCUUUCACUGCGCCGAAUGCCUCUGUGAGGUGGUGUAAUUAACCUCUGCCAAGAUAGUCGUGCUAGUGCGUGGGAGAACGGGCUACUUUUAAGGAGUGCAACCAGAGAGAGAAAAAAAAACGCAAAAAAGAAGCAAAUCUGUGAAAUUUUGGGGGCUCUCGACGAUACCCCUUAAUCAUUUCGGGAAGAGGGGAAAAAAAACGAGUGAAGUGUGGCGCGGAAAAAUGGGAAAAUCAAACCAUCGAUUGUUGCGCCUGAUUGGGCUGAUUGGAUUACAGUGCAGCCUAAUGAUGGUGCUGGUGGCGGUUUGUGAGGCGCAGACUAGUGGCGGCAGCAGUGGAGAAGACCUCUCCACGACCACCGCCGAAGCCAGCACCACGACCCUCACCAACGCCAUCGAUCCAGACCAAUCCUCCUCGACUGUGAUACCACUGGAUGUUCUUCCGCUGAGUAACAGUACCACUCCGGGUCACGAGAAUGACGUGACCACCAUCACCACAACCAAAGAAAGUCUCGAAAGUGGUGCUCCAUCAACGGAGUCGUCCACGUCGACAACCACAACAACGUCCCACUUGACCUCGUCCGAAUCCGGCGCGAAUGAGGUAAGCACCGAGUCCGAACUGCUGGACCAGGUCACCGCGAGACAACAGAGCGCCGACAACAAACCGGUUCUGCUGCACGUGAAGAGUUCGGAGGAGGUCGCCAACGACCGCGACCCGGCCAACCCCCCGUCGAUCUUGAACCACUUUGUUCCGGGCGGGGAAAGCUCGUCGGAGGAACUGCUCAAGAUGAGCGAGGGCUCGAAGGAGGUCGAGGUGACGCCGCGAGGACGCUCAAUCAGCUUCGGGGCGGACGGUCCGAUCAACUUUGUGACGGCACCGGAUCUGGCCACGACGCUGGGACCCAGUUCGACGACGACCACAGCCAGGUCUGCAGCGCACACGGAACUCGGUGAUUUGUCCGAUAUUAGCAUGGAGGAGGAAGAAGAGGAAGAGGGUUCGAAAACGAAGAAGACCGGGGAUGAUGUGAUGAACGCCGUGAGUCAUCACAGCACGACGGAGGGGCCCCAAGUGAUGGCCGGACGGGAUCUCGAGACGGCGAUGAUGAUGGUCGUAGACGAGUGCAUCUACAACGGUGUCGAGUACAAGACGAACCAAACCGUGGACCGGGGCUGCGACGAGCGGUGCGUGUGCGAGGAGGACGGCAAGUGGCGCUGCGAACCGCGCUGUCCGCGGCCACUGAUCAAGCGGGGCAAAACCCUGCCGGACGCGGGCUGCUACGAGAGCCCCUCGAAGACGGACGAGUGCUGCGCCAAGCUGGUCUGCCCCUCGGAACGGCUCGUCGACGGACGAUCGGACCCCUCAUCCGACGACACCUCAGCGGACCACCAUUCCACUGCCGGCCCAACCACCACCACCUCAACAACAGCCAUCGUCGUAACCAGCUGCAUCCACCGGAACCAAUCGUACCCGGUCGGGGCCAAAGUGGAGAUGGGCUGCGAGAAGAUCUGCACGUGCAACGCCGAGGGUGAGCUGGACUGUGCCGCCCGCUGCCCGCCGAUCAACGAAACCCGCUCGGAACACUGCGUCACGCUGCCGGAUCCGAACGAUGCCUGCUGCCAUCGGGAGUUUUGCGACGUCAUCCUGGACGACCACGAGCAGAACGGCAUGGUGAUGAUGAUGGCUCCGGCCUCGGCGUCCUCUUCACCGUCCAAGUUGCUCGUUGACGGCGCUCCGAGUGGCAGCAGCACGGAGAAGAACGAUUUCAGUGGGGAGAUUGACCAGUGCGAGUUCCGCGGGAAGAUGUACACCAAGAACCAGCAGUUCCACGACGACUGUAACGCGCUCUGUCUGUGCACGGACGCCGGUGUUCACUGCGCCAAGAUCGAGUGUCCGUCGCACUUUGGCCUGGACGUGCUCGAUCCGCACUGUCUGCGGUGGGAGCCGGAACCGGCCACCUUCCGGGCGAUCGCCCCCCGCUGCUGUCCGGAACGGAUGCGGUGCGUUGACAACGGGACGUGCGAGUUCAAGGGUCAGUCGUUUGAGAACUGGUCGGAGAUUCCGAGCAAUCUGACCGGGUGUGAUCAGCACUGUUACUGCGAGUCCGGGAAUGUGGAGUGUAGGCCGGCGUGUCCACCGGUGCCGAAGAACCCGCCGCCGAGUUUGCCGUGCAGUCCACGAAUGGCCCGACUGGCGCCACUGCCCGAUGAUGAUUGUUGCAAGCACUGGACGUGCUCCGGAGGUGGUGGGGAGCCGGCGAUUACCGGCAACGACGUGCUCAAGCCACUGCUCAUGCCCCCGGACACGAUCACGCAGUUUCUCCCGACCAAGUCGCCGAAAAGUGAGAAAGGAGAAAAGGCGCCACCGAAACCGGAUCGAGAAUCGCCGGAAGAAGGCCCGCCACAGCACUUGCCGUUCUACCCGACGGUCGAUGGCAAACCGCCGCCCAAGGUGCCCCAGGAAAAGCCGCACAAAAAGUAUCCCAAGGACGAUUCUAAAAAAGAUCACUACAAUAAUAUCUACCCUGGUGGCAGCGGCGUCGGCGGCGGCAUCGUCGACCAGCACGGACCACCUCCGCCACCGCCACCCACAAGCUUCGGAACCGGCUACGGGGACGCCCCGAAACCGGCCACGCUCGGCGUGCAACGGCCCGGCCCACCCGGCUACUACGGUCCCGAUCUCAAACCGAGCUAUCCGAACGACUACAAUCCGUACGUGCACGUGAGCGGCCCUCCCGGCUCGGUUCCGCUUCCCCCCGGUGGCCAACUCCCAGUUCACCCGCUGGACAAGCAGCUGCUGAACGCGCUCGGCGGUGGCAACCCCCAAAACAUCCCCCCAAACAUUCGCAUCGAACAGCUGCUGCAGCAGAUUCACGCCCAAGAUCCGAACCCGCAAGGUCCACCUCCGCCGCACGUCCUGCAUCACCCCGGUGGCCAGUACCCACAGUCAUCGCAACCGACGGGCGUCGCCGCGGUUGGCAACGGACUCAACUACAACCAGUACGGUGAGCAGCCGCCCCUAGACCUUGGACUAUUGCCGCACCAUCAAAGACCACCCCCACCGCCACCACCAUCACAGUCUGCAGGUCCCAACCUCGGCUACCCCUCGUCCCUGGCGACUGACCUGCGCGUGCUCCAACUGGACGCGAUCGACCCCAACACCGUUCGGGUAAUCUUCAUCGUACCACAAGUUUACGUCGGUCUCCACGGUCGCGUCGAGUUGCGUUACACUCGCACCCGCAACAACGACACCAGCACGUGGCAGGCGCAGGUCUUCGCUCCGCCGGACGAUCUGAUCGCGACUUCGCAGCUGGAGUUUGAACUACCCGGGUUGGAACCGAACACCGAGUACCGGGUCAAGAUCACGCUGGUGCUGCGGGACGUCAACUCGCAACCGUCUAGUCAGGUGUACAACGUGAGGACGCCCUCGGACCGGGUCAUUACGCCACCGACGUUGAUCAACACGGAUUUGGGACAUUAUCCACACCUGGGACAUCCGACCAACUUCCUGAAGGAGAUCAUCCAGGAUCCGAUGCUGCAGACGCAGGACGUCAACGCGUCCUGGGCGCGAAUCAGCUGGCGCAAGCUGGACGACGAAGAGUUGGACUACGUGGACGGGAUCCAGCUGCGGUUCAAGGAGAUCGACGGCAUGGUGUACGACGCGACGCCGUUGAUCCACCGGGCGCUCAGCGAGUACACGCUGGAGAACCUGAAGCCGCAGACGCGCUACGAGGUGGGCAUCUUCUUUAUUCCGUUCCCGGGUCAUGGUGAAGAGGUCCGUGCUGGGGAAAUGCUUCAGUUCACGACGGCUGCCCGCGUUGACAUGUACGGCUUCGAGGUGAUCGUGAACGUGAGCAAGGUGAAGGCUGGCAGCGUCGAGGUUAGCUGGUCUGGCGUUCCGUACCCGGAGGACAAGUACAUUAAUAUCUACCGGGCGAUCUAUCAGAGUGAUAGUGGAAAGGAGGACUCAAGUGUCUUCAAGGUGGCCAAACGGGACUCGACGACGGGGACGCUGAUUGCGGACCUCAAGCCGGGCACCCGGUAUCGGCUCUGGCUGGAGAUGUACCUCACCAACGGUAGCAUCAAGAAGAGCAACGUGGUGAACUUCAUCACGAAACCCGGCGGACCGGCGAUUCCGGGCAAGACUGGCAAACUGUCGGUCGCGGGUGCGGACGUGCCUCCGGGCGAUUACUACGGCCCGCUGGUGGUGGUCGCCGUGAUCGCGGCCCUCGCCGUCAUGUCCACGCUGAUUCUGCUGCUGAUCCUGACGAGACGGCGCGUGCAAAGUGCCACCAUCACGCCACCGCGCAAGAACGAGGUGUCGUACGACAAUCCCAGCUACAAGGUCGAGAUUCAGCAGGAAACGAUGAAUCUGUAACCACGUGGCUGCGGAAGGAAGGAGGAACCCACUUUGGGAGAUUUUAAUCUAACUUAUCUACGAACAAAAAAAACCGACUGCCAUACACCACCGCAUGGGUAGUUUCUGUAUAUUUAUUUUACUCUGUAAAACUGCUUGAAAAGAAGAAAACAAAAAACUGUAAAUAGGCUAGAUUGUAGGAAGUUAUGUCAAUAACGCAGAAAAAAAAACUUUCAUAUCCGUCCUGCAGCACUCUGCAGCUAAACCAAACGUCUUCCUGUCCACAUUCCCUACCACCCGAAACUUUGUAAAGACUUGUAACCAAUGCUGCACGUGGCUGGCACGUGUAGUACGAAUUCCCAGUGACCAUUCCAAACUCUCAAACAGUUAUUAAAAGUUAGGUAUGAGUUUAUUAUUUUUUGCUAGCAGAAUAAAACGUGAAAAGGCUGUAAAUAUUAACGUUAACGCGAAUCCUUGUUCAAUAGUUUAGAGCGUUAGGUCAAUGUCUCUGUCCUAGUUUAAAUCUCGACUUACUUUUUUUGUGUAAAUAAGGAAAUAUAUUUUUAAAUAAAUAAA